ACGUUCCUCCCAAUUGUGAUCCAUCCGAAUCAUUUAAUCUACUUGCAUGAUCCCCUGAGACAGAAUAGCCUUGCAUACGUCACAUGUUCUUGUUUAUGCAACGCCGAAGAGGGAAAGCAUCAUGUUUAUGGCAGUAAUUCAGAGUAUCCUGAAUGCACCCCGCAUAUCGGUAAAUAUCAAUAGCUUAAACGUAAUAUAUGAGUCUCUCAUUGUUGGCGGAGCUUCAUACCAUGUGCGGGUCUUAAUCCGAAAGAUGUUAAGACUCGACAGAUUGAAACGACUAUAAAAAGAGAGGCAACCGAGCUUGAGACCCUUUCUGCUUCAGUUGUCAUCUAAGCUUCUUGUCGAUCAAUUUGCAGCCCUCACAGGUGUGCCGUAUUACAAGGAGUAACCAUGUUUCCACGGCUGAGCCCCGAGAGCGCUAGAAUUCUGGCUCUUGGCCUUGUCGCCUCAAGUUCCCUUGUCGCCGCUACUGGGCCCUGCGACAUUUAUGCUUCAGGGGGCACACCCUGCGUUGCCGCGCACAGUACCACUCGCGCCCUUUAUGCCUCCUAUAGUGGUGCACUUUAUCAAGUUAAACGUGGUUCCGACGGUGCUACAACUACCAUCUCACCACUUUCUGCCGGAGGUGUCGCCAACGCCGCCGCUCAAGAUAGCUUUUGUGCUAACACGACCUGUGUUAUCACAAUAAUCUAUGACCAAUCCGGUCGAGGUAACCACCUUACCCAGGCUCCGCCUGGCGGCUUCAAUGGUCCAGAAUCCAACGGCUACGAUAAUCUAGCUAGCGCAAUUGGUGCUCCAGUCACACUGAACGGCCAGAAAGCGUACGGUGUCUUCAUCUCACCAGGUACCGGUUAUCGUAACAACCGUGCCAGCGGCACAGCUACCGGAGAUGCGGCAGAGGGCAUGUAUGCAGUGCUCGAUGGAACUCAUUACAACGGUCAGUGCUGCUUUGAUUACGGCAACGCCGAGACCAGCAGUACUGACACGGGCAAUGGCCAUAUGGAGGCCAUCUAUUAUGGGGACAGCACCUUCUGGGGGACUGGAUCUGGAAGCGGCCCAUGGAUCAUGGCUGAUCUUGAGAACGGCCUGUUCUCCGGUUCCAGCCCCAAGCAAAAUACCGGUGACCCGUCAAUCUCUUAUCGAUUCGUCACUGCGGCUGUUAAAGGUGAACCAAAUCAUUGGGCAAUUCGCGGCGGCAACUCAGCGUCCGGCUCGUUGUCAACGUUCUAUGACGGGGCGCGCCCAAGCGUGUCUGGAUACAACCCGAUGGCCAAAGAAGGUGCCAUCAUUCUCGGUAUUGGUGGUGAUAACAGCAACGGUGCUCAGGGAACGUUUUACGAAGGCGUUAUGACGUCUGGGUACCCUUCUGACGCCACCGAAAAUGCAGUGCAAGCGAACAUCGUGGCUGCAAAAUAUGCUACGACGUCGUUAGCUAGCGGUCCAGCGCUCAACGUAACCACUCCCGGAUACACGACUAGAUAUAUCGCGCACAACGAUACCACCGUCAACACCGAGGUAGUUUCGUCGUCCAGUUCCAGUACCCUCAAAAAAGAAGCUAGCUGGACGGUUCGUACCGGUCUAGGCAAUAGCGCAUGCUUCUCUUUCGAGUCGGUUGACACCCCGGGGAGUUUCAUACGGCACUAUAACUUCGAGCUCAUGCUCGAUGCGAACGACGGCACCAAGCAGUUCCAUGAAGACGCCACAUUCUGCCCACAAUCAGGCCUUAACGGCAAGGGCAGUUCGCUUCGAAGCUGGAGUUAUCCCACACGCUAUUUCCGUCAUUACAACAACGUACUAUACGCUGCCAGCAAUGGCGGAGUGCAGACGUUCGAUGCCACUGCUUCGUUCAACAAUGAUGUGAGCUUCUUGAUCAGCACCGGCUUUGUUUGA